AUGAACUCUUCCACGCAGAACCCAUCCAAUAACGACGUGACUGGGUCAAGAAGUCAGCCACCCAGACUGUCCCAAGAGGUCACCAUGGGCGAUGAGCAGGAUGCCGACCACCUCUGGUCGCCCAUCAGAACUGAGAUCCCGACUUCGGGCCUUGGUUUCAGCUGGGAGUCUAUUGCAGAACCAGAGUUGCCUGUCCAAACCGAGAAAGUACAGAAGCGUGCUAGCAAUGUGAUGAAGCUAACUCAAGAGCACGAGAAACUGAAGGCUGAGCUAAAGGCGAUGUCAGACCGGCUGGAAGCUGCUGAGAAGCGUCGUCAAGAACUGGAGAAGGAGAAAGCUCGUCGUAACGCACGAUUCUGA